AUGCAAGUCGCCGAGAUCCUUUCCGAUAUCACCUCGUUGCGUGCCUGUGGACACGUGGAGGCCCUCUCUCUCGUCACGGUGUCUUCCGCAGAUGUACGAACUGAGGAUGAUCCUUCCAUGACUGCAAAUAAUCAAGCGGCCAAACAUGAGGCUUUACAACGAGCGAAAGAACUUGUGCAACUGCAUUAUGAAGUGAAGUCACGACAUGCCAAUGGCAAGGUCGACAAUGAGCUCCAACAAGCCAGAGAGGCCGUUGAAAGGGUUGUGAUGGAGUUGUCGUGA